AUGAGCAAUCACGUCAGAGAUAUACCUGGUAGUCCGAAAGAGAGCUACAAGAUGUUGUAUAGCUAUUUGUACAUGUUAGAGCAAGUGAAUCCGGGGACAAAAACCUGUUUGAAAUUGGAUGAUAGAAGUAAAUUUGAGUACCUUUUCAUAGCUUUGGGAGCUUGCAUUGAAGGGUUUGCAGUUAUGAGGAAGGUGAUAGCUGUGGAGGGGAUACGUCUGAAGAACGGUGGUGUUUUAGUUUUCGCGAAAGCUCAGGAUCCUAAUGGUCAGAGUUAUCCACUUGCGUUUGCAGUAGUAGAUGGUGAGAAUCUUGCUAGUUGGACUUGGUUUUUCGAGAUGCUUAAAAGUGUUAUACCAGACUCUUCUGAACUGGUUUUCAUUAGUACUCUUCAUCAGAGCUUGAUCUUCGCCAUAGGAAACGUGUUUCCACAGGCUCACCAUGGUCAUUGUUUAUGGCAUUUGAAGGAAAAGGUGAAAUUGCAUGCUUGUAACGUCAACAAGAAUAUAGUCGGGCAAAAACUUAUGGAGUUGGGCAGAUAUUACACGGUUGAUGACUUCAAUUCUGCUUACGACUCAUUUAAGAUAAGAUGUCCAGCUGCGUACAAGUAUGUGGAGGAAUGUGGUAUUGAAAAGGACAAAUGGGCAAGGGUUUUUUUCCCACGUGAUAGGUACAACUUGGAUACAAGCAACACUCUGGGAUCAAUGAAGAACGUGUUUAAAGAGGCAACAAGGUGGGCCUUAAUACCAAUGCUGGAUUGUAUCAUUAGGAAAUUCUCUGAUUGGUUCACUCAACGGAAGGAUGUUGUUUCUAGAUCAAUGAAUACAAGACUGGUGCCUCGGGUUGAGAACUACUUGCACGAUCUAUGGGCUGUUGCACAUAAGUUACCUGUGCGGGAACUUGAUAGUUACGAGCUUAAGUACGAGAUCACUGACACUGCAGGAAAGGUGUUUUGGGCGACCUUGGUUGGAAAAACUUGUACUUGCAAGGUGUGGGACUAUGAAAAGUUCCCUUGUCUGCAUGGACUGGCAGCUUAUAUCUAUUUCGCUAGGAAUGUUGAUGGCAGGCGCCUUGAUAUCCAUGAGUUGUGCUCAAAAUACUACUGGACGGAAAUGUGGCAUUUGGCGUAUUCCAGAACACUUAAUGUUGUGCCCGACAUGGCUUCUUGGAAUGUACCAGAUCAGAUCAAGGAGGUGAAGAUCAUACCUCCAUAUCGCAUCAAGCGGCAAGGAAGGAAAAGAGUUUAA